GUUUUCUGGCUGGUUGGCUUUGGUUGUGGCAAGCCCAGCAGGAGCCAACCUCCUCCUCCUCUCUCUCUCUCGUUUCCCUCCCCCUCUUCUUUUCUCUCUCCCCCCCCCCUCCACUUUUUUCCCCUUUUUGCUUUGCCAACACCCGCGGAAGGUGGAGCUUCGGCCGCGCUGCGUCGCAGGCGUCAGAAUCCUCGAUUUCCAACUUCGCGUCUUGGCCGGACCUUUUGGCGGAGCGCGCAAAGGAAAGUGGGGUGGGAGAGAGAGAGGGAGAGAGAGAAAGCGCCCUUCUCCGUCCAAAGGAGGGAGGCAGAGAGAUAAGGCGAAGGAGUAGGAGAAGAGGGGGAGGAGGAAGAGGAGGGGAGCAAAGAAGAAGGGAGCCAUUCGCCGGAGUGCGUCCAAGCUCAGCUCGGCUGCACUGGAGAGGCGGCGAAGGAGGGCGCGCGCGUCGAGCCCGCUAGCCCCGGCUUGCAGAAGCACCCUCCGAGGCAGACCUCGACGACGCUCGCCGUAGAGAGAAACGCACAGGGCGCCCGGGAGAGAGGGAGGCAGGGAGGGAGGACGGACGCAGUUCCUGGCGACGGCGGUGGUGGCUGUGCGCUCGCUGCCUGGCGGGUAUAUGCCUGCCUCUGGCCAUGUCGUAUCCUCAGGGUUAUUUGUACCAGCCGUCGGCUUCCUUGGCGCUCUACUCCUGCCCGGCGUACAGCACCAGCGUGAUCUCCGGCCCCAGGACGGAUGAGCUGGGCAGAUCGUCGUCCGGCUCGGCUUUCUCUCCUUACGCCGGCUCCACCGCCUUCAGCGCGCCCUCGCCGGGUUACAACUCACACCUCCAGUACGGCGCUGAUCCGGCGGCCGCGGCCGCAGCCGCUUUCUCCUCUUACGUGGGCUCGCCCUACGACCACACCCCCGGCAUGGCCGGCUCUUUGGGGUACCACCCUUACGCGGCUCCCUUGGGAUCCUACCCCUACGGCGACCCGGCCUACCGGAAAAACGCCACCCGAGACGCCACGGCCACCCUCAAGGCCUGGCUGAACGAGCACCGGAAAAACCCUUACCCCACCAAAGGCGAGAAGAUCAUGCUGGCCAUCAUCACCAAGAUGACCCUCACGCAGGUCUCCACCUGGUUCGCCAACGCCCGGCGGCGCCUCAAAAAGGAGAAUAAAAUGACCUGGACUCCCCGGAACCGGAGCGAAGACGAGGAGGAAGAGGAGAACAUCGACUUGGAGAAGAACGACGAGGAGGAGCCACAGAAGCUGGAGGAGAAGGGCGAUCUGGAGGCGAUCGAGAUAGGUGCUGGAGACCCGAAGGGAGGCGCGGCAGGCAAAGAAGCCGACGGCGCGUUGAGCGACUCGGAUUGUAAAGAAGCCCCCGACGAGGCGCUGUCUAAAGGAGGCCCCGGGGCCUCGCCGCCUUUGGCCCAUUGUCUGCCGGCGGCAGCGGCUGCUGCUGCAGCGGGCCGCCUCCUUCUCCAAGCGCAUCAGCAGCUGCACCCGGCCGGAGGAGAGGACCCGCAGCCGGCCCACCCGCUGCCCGCCCAGUACAGACCCCCUUCGACGGACCUGCACCCCCUCCUGCCUUCCAGCAACGGGACGUCGGUGAUCCACUCGCCCCAGGCGGCUCCCCAGGCAGCAGCGGCGGCGGGAGCCGGGGCCCUUUCCAAGCCUAAACUGUGGUCUUUGGCGGAGAUCGCCACCUCAGCGGACAAAUCGAAGGAGGGCAGCGGCGAGGCGGCCCCGCAGGCUCCGAGUUUAGCCGGAGCCGGCUCCGCGCAAUCCCCGACGGCGCGGUCGCCUUCCUCCACGCACUGCCCUUUCCCCAAUGGCGCCUCGGUCCUCUCGCGGCCCCUCUAUUACACCACCAGCCCCUUUUACCCGGGUUACACGAACUACAGCUCUUUCGGACACCUCUCCGGCAACGCGGCGACGGCGGGGAACCCCAGCCCCCAUUUUAACGGAUUAAACCAGACUAUUUUGAACAGAGCGGAAGCCUUGGCUAAAGAAACUAAAAUCCUCAGAAGCCAGUCCCAGUUUGAUCUUAGUAAAGACUCGCCUUACGAACUGAAGAAAGGGGCGCAGCUUUACCUGCAAAUCAAAGUGAUGGGAGCCGGGAAGUCUUCCUGAGGUACAAGUCCCAGAAAGUUCGCACUCCACUUUUGCCUGAGUUUGGAAGCGCUUGCUAGCAAGUGGGUUGCAUAUAAAUCGAAGUCAAAGGCACUCCGUUUACAAGUCGGGUUUCCUGUUUGGAGCGCAGGGCUUCCAGGGACCUGUAAACUGAGUGCAGGCGUUUUGUCUAGCGCGAAGGUCCGGUUGAUCCUCAAACCGGUUGAUCUGCAAAGAGCAGUCACUGAAAGGAGCUAAACAGGCGCAGGUGGAUUCUCUAGGCAGGUCGGCGUCGCCCCACCGCGUUAAGUGGGGUUUUCUCCCGAGUAAGAGCCCAAAGGAUCUGUCUCAGCUGGAAAAACAACAACACGGGAAAACAAUCGUUUCGAAAUGUGAACAUCUCUUAGGGCGGCUGAAAUACCGAAAUCACCUCCUUGGGGGUAACAAAGAUCCAUUAGGGCGUUCAGCUGCAGCCUAUGCAUGUUUACUCGGAUAUAAGUUUUGUUCGGUGGGUCUCACACUUCUGCUGAGAGGGUGGCCGCUUCACGUAAUAGUUGCGGGGGAGACACGUGGGUUUGGGAGUACAAUCCUCUAAAUGUUUACACGGGAGUAAAUCCCAUUCCCUUCGACAGAGCUUAUUCCUUAGUCUGCGUGUUUAGGAUUGUAGUGAACGUCCAGCUGUAAGCUUAAUAGGCGAAGUGUGCGUGUGUGGAGGAAAGUCCCAUAAAAAGCAUGGAAGUGACUAGAUUCAAUUCAAGUUGAGAGAGGGAGAGAAAUCACCAGUGUUGCAAAAACCAUUUUCCUUUUCACCUCUACUCGUUUGGGAUUCCUGGCUCCUGGCUGCAAUUUGACUGAGGCCUUCAAAACAGGGGUUGAUCAUUUCCAAAGAGAGAGCGAUGAAACUCACCAUCAAAAGCCUGUUUCCAAACCCCCUCUCCAUCCCAGAUGCGGGCUCCCCCCCCCAGCAGAAGGAAAGAACCCUUUGCAUAAGCUCAGAGACAUCAUGCCUCCCAGGACCGAGUCAGUACUGAAAGGAAGGUUCCCACCAGAACUUGAUUUCAAUGUCUGCAUAAACUUCCACAAAUAUGAGCUUGGAACGAGGGGUGGUAGACCCAUGUGCCCCUUCCUCAUAUCCUCCCUCCUCCAAUUCCCAUCAGCUUCAGCCAACCGGUCCAAAGGUCAGGGAUGACCGGAACUGUAGUCUAACAAUAUCUAGAGGGUCAUACUCCCAGCAAACCAGUUUAACCGAAAUAUUUCUACGCGUGUCUGACCCCGUGUAUGUUUGCAUGGACGUGAAUCGCAGAUUAACGAGUGCUUCCUUCCUGAAUGGGUGAAGCGGGAGGCGUAUUCGGAACCGGUUUCCAAACUGUUAAAAAUAAAACAUAAAACAACUAUUUCAAGGAAACGCGCAGAAGGCAGAGGAGCACACUACCAUAUGAACGCAACUGCUCUGGUUUAGGUGACCCUCUCUGGGACUCCUGAGGGGCUCGUUUAAAGAGGUGCUGCCCAAGAAGAACAGAUUUACUCUAUAAAGACUAACCUAACCCUCCGGAUUCAAAAGGAGUGGAGGCUUAAUUGGUGAUGAAAAGGUAAAAAUAGGAAAGUGGUUCUCUCCCCCACCUGCCGCGCCCCAUCUUUUAACGGGAGGAAGAAACUUCCCCACCAAGAAUAGGGCUCUAUUGUCUGACAUUUCCUCGGAGUUUAUGAUCAUUUAAACCACCUGCAACGAACAGAUCCGUAACAAGGAAAGCUAAUCCAAAGGGAUUUUUAAACUCCUCUUGAUGUCAGAUUCAGUUUGCGCUUUGCAAAACGCCCUUAACAAUGCAAUCCUAUGCGUGUCUGCUGAGAAGUAAGUCCCACCAAGUUCAAAUGGACCCGUGCCUAGGGAAGAGUGCCCGGGAUUGCAGUCCAGACCUUCAGUCCUUUGUGUACUUUACCUUGGAGUAAACCCCAUUGGACUCAGUGGGAUAUAUUUCCGAGUAAAAUGUAGAUAGGAUUGGGCAGUACAAACUGAUUUUUUUUAGGGCCCUCGAAUACUUAUUAUUAUAUAAAUAAAAAUAAGUAAAUAACGCGAUUGUUACUAUUUUUUAAAGGCUGAGAUCCUGUGUACACUUAUUCAGGAAGAUAUCUCCCUUAAAGCGGUAGGAAAACCUGGACAGGACAGAGUUGCGUAAAGAUGCAAUUCUAGGCAGUAUUCAUUAUUUAAUAAUAAUAAUUAAUAAAAUAAUUCCGCAGAGUCCGUCUCCCUCCCACUCCGCAUUUUAUCUUCACUACAGCCCUGCAAGGUAAGUUAGAGAAGGAGACUCGAAGCAGGGUCAAGUGAGCUUCACAGGUAUGAGCCGAGAAUUGACCCUUACCUAAGUCCCCUUCCACACCCCAAACUUUCUUUGUCCACUUCGCCACACCCUAGUUAGGCACAAGUCCAAUUGCUCUCAGUAAGACUUUUUUUACGAGUAAACACCCACAGGAACCAUCUUCACAGAUCUGCGGUGACAGAGAGCUCUCUCCUCCAAGCCCUUACGCUUUCAAACCUUGCCUAAACCCCUUGAUUUGCUUCGAAUGAUCUGCGAAUAUAGGGAAUUGGAUGUUCUGACUGGAGUGGUAUUAUAAAAGUGGUAUUAUUUGGGGAAGGGGAAAGGGAGCUUGGGCAUACAGACAUGCGCACACGUGUCAGUGGAUGAGGGUCCCUCUUUACCCCUUAAAUCUUCUCCACUCAGAUGCUGACUCCGGCUUGAGUUCCGAAAGGUUAACAUCCGAGUUCCCACGCACACCCGGUUCCAGAGCUGGACUCGGAUUUAAAAUGAUCACCAGAGAGCGUUCCCCGCUUUUAGUGAUUGCGUAUUACUGUCAUUCUGGAGGCUUCCCCCGAUGUUUUAUUGUGACUACAUUGAUUCGAAUUCUACUUCGCUUUACCGUGGAGUGUGUGUGGUGACGAAUCUGGGAUCUAGUUUUCCUUUGCGUGCAGUCCCUGAAACGCUAUGGUGAAAACGAAGGGUCAUUCGGGUUCGGAGGAUUCGGAUUGAAACCGAUUUCACGCCAGUUUCUAGGCACACUUUCCCAGUGAGGAUAAAGGAUGCGGCUGGCUUCGAAGAUCAUCCGCUCUCUGGCUCCAGUGGCCUGAGGGCCGGUGGGAAUAUAUUUUCCACUCUUGUUUAAAGGCAGUAUGAAUAAAAGAUGGUUCCGUAGCCUCCAAAUUGUUUUAUUCACACGCUGCUUUCAGGGUUGAGGGGGAAACAGGGAGAGUUUGUCAUGCUCUUGCAAGAAAGGGGGAAAGAGGAGAGAAAUCCCUGCUCCAAUAAAGAAAGUAUAUAUUAACUUUUGUGCAACCAGCUCCCAAAACAGCUGUUUCCCCAAUGCCCAAAGAUAUCCACAAAGACUGAGUUGGGGGGGGGGAGGAUGGAGGGAGAUAUUCUAGGGGGCUUGGGUAACUAAACUCAAAUCGGUUUCGUUUGCAUUUAAAUCACACGGAUUGCAACGGGAUUGCUUCUGAGUGAAGCUCAGGAGACUUUCUGAUUCCCUCCCACGGACACCGGUUUUAAUCCAGCAAGGAGCCAGGCACCAUACAGGAGUUAGUGGAUAUUUACUUCGGUUUAGCUCCCCUGAAGUUCGAUUAGACUAAUCCGAACUGGUUUUGGAGGAAGACGGCUGCGGCAGGG